GAGGUGAGGGGGACGGAGGUGGCCCCACCCUCUACCUACAGCAGGGUUGGGGGUCCUGGGAUCCGCUCUACGGCCUAGAGAAGGCCCUAGAGUUCUGCUUGCGUGAAAAGCAGCCCAGCACGAGACACCACAUCCUCAGGCCUGAAUCACAGCCCGCCCAUUAUCCCCACGACCAGCACCGGUUUGAAAUUUUACAGCCCAGCCUUAAAGCAGGCUGAUGAGAGUUGAUGCUGCCUGCCGUGCCUUUCCAAGUCCUCCUUCAUAUAGAAGGGCACAUAAACACAAUUCGCUCCUUAACCCUGGGUUAAGAGUUGGUUGGUAGCCCCUUUAGCCUCUUAAAUGGCCUAUUGUUGGCUUAGUGAUUUAUAAUUACUUGUUUACCGUUUGAUUACCCCAUAGCCUGUUAACUACAGACAGGCGGGGAUUUUGUUUACCAUUUUAGUCUCAAAGCCAGGUUUUCAUUUAAACAUUCAGUAAAUAUUAAUGUCGGUCUUGCAUCAGUAGCCUUGCAACAGGCACUGUUCCCUACAGCUGUGAACAGGACUGAUACCCGUCUCAAGAUGCUUCUGCUUUAUUUACUAGGUGACAAACUGGUAGUCAACUAGUAAACAAAUAAGACAAUUUUAGGUAGAGAUGACUGCUACAACAGAAAUACACAGUGAUGAAACCGGGGGGAAAGUAACCAUAGGAUGAUCAGGGAAGACGUCUCUGAGGAAGUGGCAUUUGAGCUGAGCCCCAGAGAAUGAAGAGCCAGCUAAUGCAAAGGCUUUGAGCAAGGCGAAGGGGACCCUGGAUUUGAGGAACCUAAUGUAGGAGUGUGAUUGGGCAUGGUGAGCGAGGAGGGAUGACAUGAGAUGGGAUGCAGAGGCGUUACAGCGUGGAUUUCUCAGCGUUACAGCGUUACAGGCGUUACAGGAUUUCUCAGCCUCAGCAUUGUUAACUUGUGGGGCCAGGUAAUCAAUUCUUUGUUGUGGUUCCCGUGUACUGUAGGAUGUUUAACAUCAUCUGUGGCCUCUGGAUGCCAGUAACACUGCCCUCCCUCCACCUUCCCAACCAUGACAAAACUGUGACCAGACGCCUACUUCUUAGGUGCGUGACCUUAGGCAAGCUCCCUAGGAUGUGUCCAGGUUUUUUCAUUUGUAAAGUAAGAACCACUUGUGUAACAACCUCACAGGGAUAUUGUGAGAUAAUUGAUUAAUUCCUAAUCAGAGCACUCAGAAGAGUGUCUGGCACAUUUUAGUAAGCAUUCAGUAAGUAAACGUUAACUAUCAUCGUCGUCGUGAUCAUAAAAGCUACCAUAACUCUGUCAUGGCAACGUUAGCAUUUUCACAAAUGUCCUAUGUUUAAACUAUUGAUGAUUUGCUUCCUAAAAUCCACCUUUUCUGUAGUAGUGUUUCCAGAAGUAGGAGAUGAUCUCUCAGGUCUAUGUCUGUUAAUUGUUUGUGUCACAACUGAAUGCAGUGGUUCUCAGCCUUCGGUAAGUUACAGUAAAAGUUAUGAGCCCUUUCCCUAAAAGAUAGUGUGCAUAUACAAAUAUGCAUACAAGAUUUGAUAAACCAUCUCUUGGGUCCCCAGACCCUAAAGCUCCAUGGAUUCCCUUCAUUCAAUAAGUAUUUAGCAAAUGCCUGCUAUGUGCCAAGCUCUGUGCUAGCCUCUGAGAGUACAGGACAGAGGUGCACAGGACACAUUUGGUACUCUCUUGGACUUUCCAUUCUAGGCCCGCCGUUCUAGAGAUUGAGAACCUCUGCCUUAGGGCAUCUCACUGGUAGUUUGCAUUUGGCUUUCGAGGUAAUUCGAAAUGAAAAUACGCGAUCUUUCUUUUUCCGCAUACUAGACAUUGCACGGACCGUUUACAUCCACAUACAAAACUGAGUUACUGUGGGGCAUCUCUGUGAAGAAUAGAAACUGUAAAGAUGCCAGAAUUAACUGGACAGCUUGUAUGUUGAGACAGAGAAAUAAGAAGAGAGAAGGAAGAAUGAUAAUCUUACCUCAUUUCCUAAGCAAACUAUAGGAAAUACACUGUUGAAAGGAACACUGUCUCCAUGAUUGAACGUAGUAUUACUUUUAAAAUGAAGCUUUCAUCUUCUUCAAGAGCACAUACAGGCCAUGUCUGGUCCAACUGAUGAGACGGCAGGAGACCUGCCUGUGAAAGAUACAGGUCUAAACCUCUCUGGAAUGGGAGGGUUACAAGAAACUUCAACAACACGGACAGUGAAGUCUCGCCAGGCAGUGUCACGUAUCAGUCGUGAGGAACUGGAAGACAGAUUUUUGCGUUUGCAUGAUGAGAACAUUUUACUUAAACAGCAUAGCCACAAGCAAGAGGAUAAAAUUAAAAGAAUGGCCACCAAGUUAAUACGGCUAGUUAAUGACAAGAAAAGAUAUGAGCGGGGUGGUGGCGGCCCCAAGCGGCUGGGACGAGAUGUGGAAAUGGAAGAAAUGAUUGAGCGGCUGCAAGAGAAAGUGCAUGAGCUUGAAAGACAGAAUGAAGUCCUCAAAAACAGACUCAUUUCAACCAAACAGCAACUUCAAAUCCAGGGUUACAGGCAAACACCGUACAAUUACGUGCAGUCUCGUGUUAACACGGGGCGUAGAAAAGUGAAUGAAAAUGCAGGCUCACAGGAAUGCCCCAGGAAAGGUAUUCGCUUCCAAGAUAUUGACGUAGCAGAAACUCUACAACCCAUGCUUACAAAACAUGGCAACAGUUUACUUGAAGAAGCCAGAGGAGAAAUAAGAAAUUUAGAAAAUGUUAUUCAGUCACAAAGAGGCCAGAUAGAAGAGUUAGAGCACUUGGCUGAGAUCCUGAAAACUCAGUUGAGGAGAAAAGAAAAUGAAAUUGAGUUCUCUCUUCUUCAGCUUCGAGAACAGCAGGCUACAGAUCAAAGGUCAAACAUUCGGGACAAUGUAGAAAUGAUUAAGCUUCAUAAACAACUCGUGGAGAAAAGCAAUGCUCUUUCAGUAUUGGAAGGAAAAUUUAUUCAGCUUCAAGAGAAGCAGAGAAGUCUCCGGAUCAGCCAUGACGCCUUGAUGGCAAAUGGAGAUGAGCUAAAUAUGCAACUCAAAGAGCAGCGUUUAAAAUGCUGCAGCCUUGAGAAGCAGUUACAUUCCGUGACAUUUUCUGAAAGAAAAAUAGAAGAGUUGCAGGAUAGAAUUAAUGACUUAGAAAAGGAACGGGAACUUUUAAAGGAGAACUGUGAUAAACUUUAUAACAGUGCCUUCAGUGCUGCCCACGAAGAGCAAUGGAAGCUAAAGGAACAGCAGCUCAAAGUGCAGAUCGCUCAACUCGAGACUGCCUUAAAGUCUGACCUAGCAGACAAAACUGAAAUCCUUGACAGAGUCAAAACCGAAAGAGACCAAAAUGAGAAACUCAUCCAAGAAAAUAGAGAACUACAGUUACAGUAUCUGGAACAAAAGCAACAACUUGACGAACUUAAAAACCGCAUGAAGUUUUACAACCAGGACAGUGAUAUUAAUGCUGAUGAAUUGAGUGAAGCUCUCCUGCUUAUAAAGGCUCAAAAGUCACAAAAAAAUGGAGACCUUUCCUUUUUAGAGAAAGUAGACAAUAAAAUUAACAAAGAUCUAGAACGCUCCAUGAGAGAGCUACAAGCAACUCAUGCAGAAACGGUGCAAGAGCUUGAAAAGACACGAAACAUGCUAAUUAUGCAACAUAAAAUUAAUAAAGAUUAUCAGAUGGAGGUUGAAGCAGUGACCCAGAAGAUGGAAAAUUUGCAGCAAGAUUAUGAACUCAAAGUGGAACAGUAUGUUCAUCUUCUCGAUAUCAGAGCUGCACGCAUUCAGAAACUAGAAGCCCAAUUAAAGGAUAUUGCCUAUGGCACCAAGCAGUAUAAAUUUAAACCAGAAAUCAUGCCAGAUGACUCUGUUGAUGAAUUUGAUGAAACCAUUCACUUAGAACGAGGCGAAAACCUAUUUGAAAUCCAUAUCAACAAAGUAACCUUUUCUUCUGAAGUUUUCCAGGCGUCUGGAGAUAAAGAGCCUGUCACUUUCUGUACCUAUGCUUUCUAUGAUUUUGAGCUACAGACCUCUCCCAUAGUGCAAGGCCUCCACCCAGAAUAUAACUUCACUUCUCAGUAUCUUGUUCAUGUUGACGACUUAUUUUUACAAUACGUUCAGAAGAAUACUGUCACUCUUGAGGUCCACCAAGCUUACAGCACAGAUUACGAAACACUUGCAGCUUGUCAGCUGAGAUUCCAUGAAAUUCUAGAAAAAAGUGGUCGAAUAUUUUGCACAGCAAGUUUGGUUGGAACUAAAGGAGACAUCCCAAAUUUUGGCAUAGUGGAAUACUGGUUCAGAUUACGAAUUCCCAUGGAUCAAGCAAUUCGACUUUAUCGAGAACGAGCAAAGGCUUUGGGAUAUAUAACAUCAAAUAAUAAGGGGCCAGAGCAAAUGCAUUGGUCAAGUCAGCAGGCGCCCAAAACUGCUCAGCUCAGUUCUACUGAUUCCACAGAGGGCAACUUAAAUGAACUUCAUAUUACAAUAAGAUGUUGCAACUGUCUGCAGUCCCGAGCAAACCACCUUCAGCCACACCCAUAUGUUGUGUACAAGUUUUUUGAUUUUGCAGACCACGAUACAGCCAUCAUUCCCAGUAGCAAUGAUCCACAGUUUGAUGAUCAUAUGUGUUUCCCAGUGCCAAUGAAUAUGGAUUUGGACCGAUACCUUAAGUCAGAGUCUCUGAGUUUUUAUGUGUUUGAUGAUAGUGACACUCAAGAAAAUAUUUACAUAGGAAAAGCCAAUGUGCCUCUGAUUUCACUGGCACAUGACAGGUGUAUCUCAGGAAUAUUUGAGUUAACAGAUCAUAAAAAGCAUCCUGCAGGAACCAUCCAUGUUAUAUUGAAAUGGAAAUUUGCUUACCUUCCACCAAGUGGAUCUAUAACUGAAGACUUAGGAAAUUUUAUACACAAAGAAGAGUCAAAAGUUGUUCAAAAACUACCUCCAACAUCCUCUAUUAGCACAAUAGUUGCACCAACACCUAAACCAAGACAGCGUUUAACACCUGUAGAUAAGAAAGUAUCUUUUGUGGAUAUCACACCACAUCAGAGUUCUGAGAUAACUACUUCUCCUGAAGAUGGGAAGGAAAUUUCAUCAGAAGUGGAGCAUACACCAGAAAUAGAAAUUAAUAUGCCAACUCUUUCACAUAUUCCUGAGGUUUCUCAAGGAAGCAGUGUAACGAAGGUAAAAGAGAAUACUGAGAAAAUACAAGGAAGAGAUGAUGAUGUGUCUUGUCUCUCUGAGGGUCAGCUUGCAGACCGAAGUUUGUCUUCUUCAGAAGAUGAAACAGAAAUAACUGAGGAACUAGAACCAGAAGAUGAGGAAGAGAGAUCAGCGUCUGACAGUGAUGAGUGUAUUAUUCCUGGUCCUGUCUCCGAGAAUAUCAAACAGCCAUCAGAAAAAAUUCGGAUUGAGAUCAUAGCUCUAAGCCUUAAUGAUUCUCGAGUAACUGAAGAUGACACUAUCCAACGGCUGUUCGUUGAAUGCAGAUUCUACAGUCUUCCUGCUGAAGAGACACCUGUGUCACUUCCAAAACCCAAGAGUGGGCAGUGGGUCUACUAUAACUAUAGCAAUGUGAUCUACGUGGAUAAAGAAAACAACCAAGCAAAGAGAGACAUCUUAAAAGCUAUCCUACUGAAACAAGAGAUGCCCAAUAGAAGCAUUCGCUUCACUGUAGUCAGCGACCCUCCAGAGGAUGAGCAGGACCUGGAGUGUGAGGACAUUGGCAUAGUUGACAUUGACCUCGCUGACAUGUUUCAGGAAGGGAGAGACAUCAUCGAGCAAAAUAUCGAUGUUCUGGAUGCACGGGCAGACGGUGGAGGCAUUGGCAAGCUCAGGGUCACAGUCGAAGCACUCCAGGCCCUACGGUCUGUCUACGAGCAGCACAGAGAGGACCUGGAGGCUGAAAGAAGCCGCUCCAGAGGCAUCUCCUCCUCCCGAGUAAACACUCACAUGAAAGCCCUGAGAUGAGAUCUUUGUAAUCACUCUGGUGUAUAUAAUCUAUAAUUCAUGGGACGCGGGGAGGGGGAGGUCCGGGUCGGCAGUGUUCAAGUUUUGUAUACUUUUUCAUUUGUUUAUUUUGCUACUCCCUCCUUCCCAUGACUGCCACCCCUCGGGACUUCAGUUCUCCACCAUGGGCAGUGCCUCCUCAAUAAUUCAUACCUACAUGAUAGCAUGAGAAAGCCCAUUUGCAUUUUCAACACUUUCUUAUGAAGAACUGACAUGCAAUUCCCAUUUUUAUUUGUAAUAAGCAAAAGAUAAAUCUGAGAAAACCUAGGAAAAAGACACACUUUUAUGUUAUCCCUAAUCGUCCCACUAAAUGGAAUGCCUACGAUUAGCCUCAUUAAGAGUUUUAUACUGUGAAGAUUUUAUUAGAAGCAAUAUAUGAAAAUUACUUGGAUUAAUGUGUUAAUCUUCCUCUUUAAAAUGCUAAUAUCCAUUUUAUGCACAUUAAAGCUCAGUAUGCAUUUUCUUUGAUGCAUGCAGUUUCUAUCAAUUAAAUAUAAAGAAGGAGACUCGGCACCAACUUCUGAAAUUACUUCAAGUUUUUCGUUUUCUUUCUUAAAAAUCACAGCUCUUCCCGUUUGUAUGGUUUUUAUGUAUUUGCGAUGGUGAUACGGGAUCCAGGGACGUGAAAUUUAUACUUUGAAAACUUAGCUUAUGACAUAGGAAAAAAAUUAUUAAAAGUAUGGUUCACAUUCUGAUAUGCUUAGUUAGACCUGAAAGGAAUAUCUUUUUUUUAUCAUUUUUUAAAAUUUACAUCAAGCCUUGUACAAAGGUGGGGUGGAUCUGGAUAACCAGAUCCUCGAAAAGCCGCUCAGAAAGUUAAUUUUCUAGCUUUUACCCAAUCUCACUGAAGGAUUUAAUUGAUAUUUUUAAUGGAGCCGUGAAUCAAUGCUGCAAAGGAAUUGUCUCUAGAGGUCUAGGAUAUAAUGCAUUUCAUUUUUUAAUUUACUUUUUUAUUUGUCAUUUUCUUCAAAGGAUUUUUAUAGGCUGUGGGUUUUCACUGUUUGCAAACAGGCUAUGUUCCUUCUUAAGCAUAUGUAAAGUAUUCAGGGAGAUAAGUAAUUUAUUAAAAUCUACCUAAUUUGCCGUGAUAUAUUAAAUCUCUGCUUCAGUGAUCACAGACCAUUUCAUUUAGAGAAUUAGGCAUUCCCUCUUUGUGUGAUUAAAGCUCUGGAAAAUGAGUUCUUUGCUCCUAUUUGUGAACAUUCAAAGCCUGCUAAUGGCAAGAAGAUGGAAUAGAUUAUGAGACAAUUCAUUACAGUUCAACAGAAAAAAAAAAGCAGCUAUAAUGCAAAAAUGCAAGUAUGAAUAUCUGCAUAUAGUUUGAACCAUCUGUGCUCUAAUGGCUUCAAUAAUGACUCUCGUCUUUAGGAGGCUUUGAAAUGACAUCCGUACAAUAUUAAUUUGUUGAUGUACAUUGUGGGACCAGUAGAGUACGAUCUGACCGCAGAAAUCUAUAAAUUCUGUCUCUACCAUUGGGCCUCCCUGUCUGGGGCCCGCCAUCUCCAAGAAGAAUCUUGCUCUCAUCAGACUCUGCAAAUCUUCAUAAUAACUCAUUCCUCUGGAACCUUCUAGAGACCGCAAACAUCUGCAGACUAAACCUCUCCAAUCCUAGUAAACAGCCACAUGUUUGUUGUCACUUCAGCUGGCUCUGAGCUCAUCUUUUUGGCCUCUCUUUCUAGCUUUCUUUGGCUUCAUGCAGUUACGGUGUCAUUAAGGCCCAUAAUAUUCCCUGCAGUAAUUUAAAACAGCCGGAUUAUACCCUGGGAUUAACUGAGUGGUUUUUGAGACAUUUAUUGUGGUAUUCUCCCAGGAGGUUUGUAUUAUUGUUUUAAAACGUUACAUCCCAAACUAAAUACCCUUUCUGCGGGGAAAAGAACCGGACCGCGCUGACUUCUUAUGAUCUUUAAGUGGAAAGGGGGAGUUUUUAUCAGGAAUCUUCUGAGACCUCGUCAGUCGGGUGGAAUGUAUACCUCAGACACGAUUAGAGAACCAGCCGUGUUUCUGUCACAUUCACGUUUGCUUGUAUAGAUUAUCAAAGGUCUCUUUUCUAGCCUUAAAAAAUUUCACCUUGCAACCACGUAAAUUUUUACAAGUCUCCUUUUCUUAAGUAAUUGAAUAGCUGCUGACACAUUUUCAAGUGGGUAAGUCGUACUGAAUGCCAUCAUGGGGGUGCUUCAAGUGGGUUUCGGAAUCAGUUCGAGAAGAGUUUUUUAUCCUGUCUCGCACUGACCAGAGUUCACUGAAAAAAGUUCAUCGCCUUUUGGAUUAUGGAGCAACGGUUUUCUCUUGGCGAGCCAGGCCUGUUCCAUUCAGUAUGGCUUGGGGGACAGGGUGCGGGCAGGGGUGCCGACACGGGCCUUGCCACACAAAUACACCAGUUUAAGGCCACGCUUCUGUGAACUUACAGCCCUUGGUGUAAACGUACACAGUCCACUCAGCACUUUCCGGGGCUAUAAUGCUUUUAGUUUGGAAAUAUAAAUAGAGAUGUGAUGUGGUAUGUGGGAGAGUGUCUUUUACAUGGUUUUCUGCCUACUGUAGUAGAAAUGUCAAAUUCCCAGCCACUGUCAUGAGAAGCAGUUGACAAAAAUAAGUUUUAUGGUUUACAGUGUGGUUGACAUACAGAACAUUUCUCUUCACUCUCAAUUUCAACAUGUUUUCCAAAUUAUCAUGGUUUAUUGCCAUUUAACUUAAAUUAGUUUUUUUUAAGAAUAAAUAGAGAAUAUAUUUAAUCAAAUAAAGAACAGCCAUGUUGAAAUUCCGCCGUUCCCGCCGUUCACUCGGUACCACGAAACACAGAUCAUUUCUAUGUGUUGGGAAGAAGAGUAGGCUCAGAAGUGGUCACGUGACUUGGGGGUUUCUGCUCACACCCAUGUUCCCUGCAACAAAACAUAAAUUAUUUUAGUAAUCUGACAUCAAGAGCUGUGACAAUGAAAACCACUUCUUACACAUGUUCUGACAAGAAUCUGAUUAACAUUUUUGUGGAUAUGGAAAAUAACUUUUUUUAGUCAGACUGCCACUCUUGCUGCAUUUAGAAGGAUUUCCUUCUUCACUGGAUACAAAAAUGUGUUAUCAUGUCUGUGAACAAAUAUGAGAAUAAAGUGUCGUCUUUGUGUGGUACAAAACAACCAAGGGAGAGCUCUGGGGAUAUAAAAUUAUUGAGUGAUUGACAAUAUCAGGAUAAUAAUUCAUCCCUAACUAUGAGAGUACAUUUCAAUAAGUCACUCAUGCCUGAAGGCCUCUGACUACCUUGACAAAGAAAAACUGAACCCGUGACUUAUUAUAGAUUGGACAACAUGCCUAAUUAGAUCCCUGAAUGGGAGCAAACAUCUCUACAUCCCCUUUGUUCAGAACAAAAACAACCUCCAGGUCAACCGGAAAGCUCCAAAAUAUCAAAGAUGUAGAAACAAGUGUUUUAAAAACUGAAAAUACAGAAUUAGAAAACAUCUCCUCAUCCUAAUCUCUUUUAUCCUGCAAGAUAGAUUUUUCACGUCCAUUUCGAAGAGCCACCAGCGGACUGCACUUCACAGUCUAACCUGGAAAAUUGGGCCCAUGCUCUGGUAUUGUGACACCUUUUGUUCUUACCCUUUCGUUUCCCAUGUAACAUUGACUCAUGUCUUUAAACUGUGUUUUUCCUCCAGUUGUUCUGAAGUAAAAUCUGGUUCUCUCAGACUUAGAAUAUGACCUCUUUUCUGUGGUGGACGGCAUUGUCUUCUGCCUUUUGCCCCUCCUCACUCUGUUGAGAUUCACCUUCCUCAUCCCUGUAACAGCAUCACCCCUCUCUUUACUGAGCACCAUUAGUUUCCUUUAUAAAUCAAAUUCACCCUCUUGAUCUUUCUAUUUCUGUCAUCUGUUCUGUUUACACAUAUUCAUUCAACUCAACAUUUCCUCCCACCUGUCUCCCUCUACUCAUUUUUAGUUAGUCAAGUCACAUUUUUUUUCCUUUCUCUUCUCUUGGUGCUACUUCUUUAGAUACCAGCAUCUGUGACAGCUCCAAUGGCAUUCCCAAAACCUGCCCUUGUGUGACGACUUCUCUUAAUUUACUGUGAUGGGGGGGGUGGGGGCACUUUUAAUCAACCAUUAUGAAACUGAGCAAACAGCAAGCUAAUUUUUGUGUCUUUGCUUUUGUAGCGACGUAACAGAGGCUGGAACUCAAAAAGCUCUCAGGAAUCACUGGUAAGGAGCUGAAGCAUAAGGAAUUUUUUUUUUUUUUUUAAGGAAAUGUGUCAUUAAAUCAAGCGUUAUGUGGCAUAAACGUGUUUUGUCCUAGUUACACGUGCCAUCAUUAACAAUAGGGGAAAUUAGAUAAAUUUAAGGAAAAAACUGAAGAGACUAUACACAACCCAAGAUUAGGGAGGCUUUUCUAACCAAGAGAGCAAAGACAACCUAUAAAACAAGAGAUAGAUGUCUUGUGUAAACAUCGAGGCCAGGUAACACAAAACAGAAUUCAAGGUGGAAAACAAGAGACAAGGACUAUUUAUACCGGUAAAAGGAAAACAGGUCAAAGACAUAAUGAACUUGAACAGUUACACACCUAACAGUACAGCUUCAAAAUAUGAAGCAACAACCUGACGAAACUGUGGACAAAAUAUUGCGGCCACAUGAGUUUUACUAGAUUUUAAUUCUCAGAGAGUGAUAAAUCAAAAAAGGUGUUUUUUUUUUUUAAGUCUAGAGGAUGUGCUUAAUAUGUUUACCAACCUCAAGCAAAUAUAGAAUGCAAAUGGAAAAUUAAAAAAAAAAUCAACCAUGUACUCAGCCACAAAGGAAGUCUCAAUUUCCAAAGAAUUGAAAUCUUGUAGACUGUUUCUCUAAGCAUAAUGCAGUAAAAUUAGAAAGCAGUAAAAGGAUAAUU